GUGUCAUAUACAAUAAUCACAUACCUGUACAUAACCAUUCCAUUUCAUUUUUAAAUUUCUCUUUUGCCUCUUAUUUUAUUUUAUUUUUGGUUUAUUACAACGCACACACGCUUAGGUUUAAAAUUGAUUGGUUAUUUUAUUUUUUUAUUAUUUAUUAAUAUUAUAAAGAUUAAUUACAACGAAAACCAUGGAAAAUAUGACAAACGCACGCGUAUUGAAUUGGUUUCCUGUGCGCACCGUCUUGACUAGCUCUUAAACCAAACAACUUUUAAGUUAUUUACAAUCAAACUAUUUUCAACUACAUUUUUUUUUUGGUGUUUAAAGUAAUAAAAAAAAAUAGUAUCCCGAUUAUUUAUAUUAUUCUUUUCAAGCAUUCGACAAUUUGGUUUAACAAGCAAGUUUAUGCAUGAAUUCAAAAUAUGAUGUUUAAUUAUUAAAUAUUUUAGAUGGAUUGCAGUGUUAAAGUUGCUCAAAUAACUUUUUAUUUGGGAUAUUUCAUAGUUUUGGUCAUGUCGUCAAAUAAUGUUAAUGAAGCAGAAGAAAAUUUUAUUGAUGACUUACCUAGCGACGAAAUUUGUUCAAUUUGUCAACAAAAAUAUGAAGAAACACCUGUUUUUUUCAACGUGUGUAAACAUAAAUUCUGUAACUACUGUGCAAAUAAAAUUACUUAUUUUCAAAAGAUUCCUUAUAAAUGUCCUGUAUGUCGAAAUCAAAAUUUAAAUUUUAUUGAUAUAAAACCAGACACUAGAAACUUAUGUUAUAUUUGUGAAAAUGAACCAAUGAGUGUAAAGUUAAGAUGUGGACAUAUGUUGGGUAAUAGUUGUGCUUAUAGAGACUGUUAUGUCUUAAUGACUAGGAAAUGCCUAUAUUGUGAUGAAGAAAAUUGGUACCAAAAUUUGCGUGAACCCAAAAUUUCUUUAAUUGAACCUGAUACCAAAUUAAAUGAGUUUAAAAAAGAUGAAAAAAAUGAAAGGAUAAGAAUUCUAAAAAAGUUUUUAUGUAUGGCACAAGAAGAAAUAAUCGAGUGAUUUUCUAAAUAUUUUGUUGGAUUUUUAUCGUGUAUUUGAGGAAUAUUGACAAUGACUAAUUAUACUAAUAAUUUCUUAAUUAAAAAUUUUAAUUUAAGUAACACUAAUUGUCCAUUUAUAUUAAAAUUAUUUUAGUUAUAAGUAUUUAACUAUGUAUAACAUUUCAACUUUUAAAAUAAAACUUUUUACUAAAUUUCAUAAUAAUUCUUUAAUAAUUGUUAAUUUUUUUUUUCAUUUGUACAUUAAUAAUAUUAUUAGUUUUGAAAUUAAAUACUUAUACAGUGGUAAUGAUCAGGUAGUGAGUGCACGCAAAACCAUUGGGUAAUUACUACGCUCGGUCUUAUAGAAAAAAACCCAUAAUGCUUUUAAUGUGCUAUAUGAUGAGUAUAGUUUUAUGUUGUAUUUUUUCAUAAGAUUUGAAAAUUUUGAGUUAUAAAAUUCUUUACCCAAAUCGCUCUGUACGUGAACAACAUUACGUUUUGACAGUAUAGGUUCUAUUGCUUUCACUAUAUCAGCACCUGUUUUUGAUUUUAGGGUUACUGCCCAUGAAUAUUUUGUAAAAUAAUCAAUUACAAACAAAAUAUAUUUAUAGCUUUUAUUCUGUCUAUGAUAUGGUAUAAAUUCAGCUAAAUCGAUCUGAAAUAAAUCGUCACGAAUUUUAAGUACAACACUACGUCUAUCGUAAUGCAUUCGUCUAGGUCUAUGUAGUUCUUCCGCAAUUUGUAUUUUAAACAUUUGGUAUUUUUUUAAUUAUGCCAGCCUCG